AUGGCCGGCAGCAUCGAAGAAGUUGAUUUGAUGCUGUUGUGUGACCGCGCUGCCUCCCUAAGUAGUGCGGUAGUUGUUCGUUCGGGCGCUCAUCCAGCGUUCACUCGCGUAUGGCAGCUAUGGACAGGCUCCACACGCUGGUGGCCACAGAGACAAAAGCUUAAGAAGCUGAUUUCGCGUCGCCUCCGUUACUUAGGAAAACAACAACGCGAUAAGAGAGCAUCGAGACCGGGCUUUCGAGUAACUCCUACCGCACCGUCAAGUCGCAAUAUCGUCACGGAGAUUGCGGCAUUCCUCGAUAAAGACGUUAACCACUGGCUAGAGACCUCCCUGGACGAGCAUCCGAUCUUACUGAUCCCGCGAUGA